AAAAAAAUAUCCGGUAAUUAACAACGCCGUGUAAUAGCAUUGAAUUACAACCCUUUGUGAUAAUCCCUUCACAUUAUCCUUCAUUAAUUCAUUUCCUUUCCGGGCUUAUAAAUAGCACUAAACCACAACCUUUGUGCCUCACACCAGAAAAUUAAAGCCGAAAACAAAUUAGAAAAAAAAAAUGUCAGGAAUCAUCGAAAAGAUUGAAGAGGUCCUCCAUAUUGGAGGGAACAAGGAUGGUGAUCACAAAGAUGAUGACCACAAAGGAGAUCAUAAGGAAGAACACAAGGAUCAUCACGAUGAUGAGAAGAAAAAGAAGGAAAAGAAGGAUGAUGAUGGAGAUAGCAUUGUGGACAAGAUCAAGGACAAGAUCCAUGGAGAUCAUGAUGACAAGGACGAGCACAAGGGUGAAGAGAAGAAGAAGAAGAAAAAGAAGAAGGACAAGAAGAAGCAUGAGGAUGGCCAUGAUGACCAUGACCAUAAAAGCGACAGCGGUAGCGGUAGCGGCAGCGGCAGCGACAGUGAUUAGAUCUUCAUUCUACAGCUUAAUGCUAAUCAUCUUUAAGUAGGUGUAUGGGGCCAUGGCAGCGAGGAGCCUAAAAUAAUUAUUAAGAAAGGGAUGAUUAUGUUUCUUUCUGCUCUUUUUUUUUUCUUUUUUCUUCUGAAAUUGGUUUAGUAGUUCUGUGUUUUAAAUUUAUAUAUCGUAAAUGUAUAACCUCACUAGCUACUUUGUUUCGGUUGGCUGUACAUAAGCUUUAAGAAA